AUGCGGGGCCCCCCCCCAGACCCCCACCACCGUGAGCUCUACCUAAACAGCAGCGACUUCCUCGCCCUCCUCAACGACGAGCGGCUGCACCCCAACGCCUCCGACUGGAAGCGGAACCUGCUGCGGAUCCAGAGCCUGGUGCUGAUUGGGGGUCCUGACGACGGCGUCAUCACACCCUGGCAGUCCAGCCUUUUUGGUUUCUAUGAUGCCAAUGAGACGGUGCAAGAGAUGCGCGCCCAGGCGGUUUACCUGCAGGACACAUUUGGGCUGAAGACACUGGAGGCACGGGGGGACCUGGGGGGCUGCACCGUGCCGGGUGUGGGGCAUACGGCCUGGCACUCCAACCGCUCGGUCUACGAGCACUGCAUCCGCCCCUGGCUCACGUAG